UCCGGGUCUCUGGCACCGUCAGGCGGUCAGUCGCCAUUACAGAAGUGGUGUCGUUGCUCUACUCCUUCCUGGAGGGGGCAGCUCCUGAUCCUUUUCUCACCCCCUGAGAGUCCCCGCGGGACUCCAAGCACCCCGGGUCCGCUCCCCGCUCGGGACCGGCGGCCUUCCUGCCGGAUCUGUGACGUAGGCCAACAGGGCCCGGUCCUCGCUCGCCGUCCCGUGGGGCCCUCCGCUCCCCGAUCCCGUACACUCCUCCGCCCUCCCUUCCUCCGGUAUCCUGACUAUUUCUCUUUCUGUCUGGGCACACAGCAAGAUGUCGCCAUGAAUCGCGCUCCUCGUCCCCCAGCUCUUCUGAACGCCAUGCUCUUGGCUGGCAGCCGCCCCCUGCACGGUGCUGCCCCCGCCCUUCCCGCGGUCUAUGCCGCUCAGCUCGGCCACAGACAUGGAUCCCGGAUCCAACAAUCCCAGCAAGACCCAGAACCGAUCGGCCUCCACCGGGCCUGCCGGGGACUCUAAGCCUAAAAGUGACGGGAAAAGUAGCAGCAGUUCAAAGCAACGCUACAGCCGCAAACGUGAAAAUUCUUACCCCAAAAAUGAGGGUUUUGCCGGCUCGACCCGCCGCUCCGGUCCACAGAAAAGCAAAACUUUUAACAAGGUUCCUCCUCAGAGAGGGGUCCCUAAACCGUUUACGUAUGGAAGACGAGAAGAGGUAGCAGAGACUCAAUGGGCAGAGCUCAGCCCAGCCCAGUAUUCAGGACCUAGGAAAAUAAACUUGAACCACUUACUGAACUUCACGUAUGAGCCUCGAGGUCAUCCUGGUGCACAUAGAGACGGCCAUGGAAACUGGAGCAGACGCAACAAGUGGGGCAACAAACCGUUUAACAAGGAGUUAUUUCUGCAAGCAAAUUGCCAAUUUGUGGUAUCGGAUGAUCACGAUUACAGUGUCCACUUCACGGAUCCAGACACUUUGGUCAGCUGGGACCUAGUGGAACAAGUGCGCAUUUGCAGCCAUGAGGUGCCCUCCUGUCCCAUUUGUCUUUAUCCUCCGGUUGCAGCCAAGAUUACCCGCUGUGGGCAUAUUUUCUGCUGGGCUUGCAUCUUGCAUUACUUGUCACUGAGUGAAAAGGAAUGGAGUAGGUGUCCAAUUUGUUAUAGCUCCGUUAUAAAGAAAGACCUUAAAAGUGUUGCUGCCACAGAAACUCGUCUUUAUAGUGUGGGUGAUCCCAUCACGAUGCAGCUAAUGAGGAGAGAAAAGGGUGUCCUUGUUGCAAUGCCCAAAUCAAAGUGGAUGACGCUGGAUGAGCCUAUUCAUCUGGGAGAUGAGGAACAUAGUUUGUUCUCCAAGCUUCUUUUGGCUUCCCAAGAACAGAUCUUGAAGCAGGUCAUAAAUGAAGAGAAGGCAGCACUCCUGGAACAGUACAGCGUUGAGGGGGAAACCCCUGAAGCCUGUUUUAUAGAAGCUGCCAUUCAGGAUUUAAAGGAUCGUCAGGACCUCCUUCAGGCACUCUAUAAACAGGAUGUUGGGUCCACUGAAGCUCAUGCAGAGGUUUUGGAGGUGGAGACACACACUCAAGAGAAAAAGUCUGACUCUGACUAUAGUGUAGCGCAUUAUGCAUCUGCUUUUGAUGAGGAGGUUCAGGAUCCAUUAUGUGAAGACUUGUGUGAGUCUUUAGCGUCUGCAAGCUUGGAACCGGUCUCUGCUGAGGGCAGUGAUCUGGUACCCACACAUGAAAAUACUUUUGCUCAAAAGAAUAAGCCGGCAGCUGUUCCAUCCUGCUCUGGACCACCUCACCACUAUUACUUUUAUCAAGCUGUAGAUGGUCAGCACAUAUAUCUGCAUCCAGUGAACGUGCGCUGCCUUGUCCAUCAAUAUGGAAGCCUGGAGCAAUGCCCUGAAACAAUCACUGCUACAGUGGUAGAAAUUGAUGGCUUCACUGUGACAGAGGAGGUGCGAAGACGUCACCGUUAUCUCUGCCAUCUACCUCUUACCUGUGAAUUCAGUAUUUGCGAGAUGGCACUUGGGCCACCUGCUGUUUCAGAGCAAACUUUGGCUUACUUCGCUGAUGAAGUAGAGAAGAGAAAAAAGCAGCGUCAGAGAAAGGCACGUGAUGAACGUCGCAGAGAGAAAAGAAUUGAGAUUGAAGAAAACCAGAAGCAAGGAAAAUAUCCUGAAAUGCAUAUUGCCCUGGAAAACUUGCAACAGUUUCCUGCAGUGAGUUCCUCUGCCGAGUUCACAUUCCCUGGUUCAUUUUCUGCACUGUCCACUGCAGAUUCACAAAGCUCUAUGUCGCUCUCACCUCUAAGCUGCAGCCCAGCUUCACAGAGUGGUCAUAUGUUUUGCCAAGGUGCUGAAAGUCCCAUUGAUUAUCCUGUAAUCCCAGAGGACAGUGCCCAGUGUCCUUCCUUUGCUCAGAUGUUAAGGGUUGGAAAAGCAAAAUCAGAAUCAUGGCCCAAAGCUGCAAUAAAGAAAGAAAGUCCAGCGGUGAGCACAGGACCUGCAGACAGUGAUGGGGAGAGUGACUGCUCUGAGAGAGUCCCAGUACCAAGCUUCCAGAAUUCAUUUAGUGAGGCCAUGGAAGCAGCUUUUCUGAAGCUGGACUCUGCGCUUCCUACUCCUCCUCUUUCAAUUGAGAAAGGAGGGAAGAGAAAGAAGAAGCAAAAGAAACUUCUGUUUAGUACCUCUAUGGUUCACACAAAAUAAACGGAGCACAUUUGCUCUGAUCUUCAUCUUCUCUGCACUCAUUGCUUGGUAUCACUAUCUGCAGUAUUUGAUUAAUAUUUUCCUUCUUUUAUUUUCCACUGGUUGGAUGGGUGUGUGAGCCAUAAUUUGCUUACACAAUGCGAAUUUAAAGCUCCAGGGUUGUAGGGCAGAAUAUGGUGCUGGAUGCAGUGUAUAACUCUAGAGUAGCAUGUGUUGCUAUGGAGCAAUUGAGGACGAGCAAGUUGCAAUGCUUGGCAGACCUGAAGGGCUUCUUGCCAUUGGAAAAGUAUGAUAUGAAACUAAUGGCUGUAGGCCUGUGUAUUAAAUGGAGGCCCAUGUUCUGUAGUAAGCUUUUUCUUUGAAGACAGGCAUCAUUACUCUGGUUGUGGCUAUCAUGUCGAAGGAGUUUUUUUUUUUUUC